UCCACACACAAACACACGUAGAGAGAGAGAGAGGAGAGAGAGAAGAGAGAGAGAGAGAGAUCUAAAAUCCGAACCCUAACAGAAGACUGAAUAAAUCGAAAUUCAGAAGUAAUUUCGAUCGGAAAUAAUGUCUUCGACCUUCAGCGGCGAUGAAACUGCCCCUUUCUUCGGCUUCCUCGGCGCCGCCGCGGCCCUCGUCUUCUCCUGCAUGGGUGCGGCUUACGGGACAGCAAAGAGUGGCGUCGGUGUGGCGUCGAUGGGGGUAAUGAGGCCGGAGCUCGUUAUGAAGUCGAUUGUGCCAGUUGUCAUGGCUGGUGUUUUGGGUAUUUACGGUUUGAUUAUUGCUGUAAUUAUCAGCACGGGUAUUAACCCUAAAGCCAAAUCUUAUUACCUUUUCGAUGGUUACGCACAUCUCUCGUCUGGCUUGUCUUGUGGCCUUGCUGGACUUGCUGCUGGAAUGGCUAUUGGGAUUGUCGGAGAUGCUGGUGUUAGGGCUAAUGCUCAGCAACCAAAGCUAUUUGUCGGGAUGAUUCUUAUUCUCAUUUUUGCUGAAGCUUUGGCGCUCUAUGGUCUUAUUGUCGGAAUUAUUUUAUCUUCACGAGCUGGCCAGUCCAGAGCUGACUAGGAAAAAAAGCCAGUAAUUAAAUUUCAUUUCAGAAUGGUAAGAAAUUUCAAUUGUGGCUGUUUUUAGUGACCAUGUUGUACUAUGAUUAUUCUUCAACAUUGACGUUUUUUUACGUUUUAUUGUUUUCACACUGAAUCCCUCGUACCUUGUGCUAUAUUUUAUAGAAUUAGAUUUUUUUUUCUUGCUAAAUAAGAGCUUAUGGAGCCGUGAGCUUAUUGGCUAUUCGAUUUUGUGUAUUUUCGAAGCCGUGAACUUGAACAUGAAUUGUGUUUUCAUCAAAUAUUCAUUUCUUUUGUCCUGACAU